GUGACCAUCUUGCUCAGCUGGGAGCUUGACAAGGCAACAUUAUUUGCAGUGGUGUCGAGUUGUGAGAGCUGGGACGCGGAUAGAAUAUUCCUUUUCCUCAGGCAAAGAUCCCUUUCAUCUGGAGUAAGCGACCAGGGCGAAAUGAUCGUAGUCUCCAGUCCGGACAGAAGGAGAGGAAACCACAGAACAAUGGGAACUGACAAUGAUUGCACUUGGAGCUCGUUGACAAGUGUAUGACCAGCAAACAGAGCAGCCAGUCACUUGUCUUUCCCCAGUCUUCGCAAACCGCUCAUGUGACGCUCCUGGGAACAGGACUCCAGUGAAAACACCGGAUCAGAGACACUUCUGCCAAAAUGGAGAGAGCUGGAUUCAUCAUCUCCGUGGUGUGCUUCGUCCUAUCAUACGCUGAGCCUUUCAGUAUCUUCGUGUACAAGCCAGAGGUCAACGCCACCGUGGGUGAUCGAGUCACCCUCCCGGUGAGACCCUCCUCCCCCGUCUCGAGUGGUUUCUGGAAGUUUGGCGGUGAGUCCAUCGUCCUGUGGACCGUCGAGCCGCCUGACCUCAACGUCGCCUACACCAAACACAAGGUGCUGCUUUUGGACAACACGUCCCUCCUCCUCCUCUCAGUAACUCUCAAAGACGCUGGGGAUUACUGGGUGACGAUGGACUCCCCGACUGGACAAGAAGGCAAAGCCAAGGUCACUUUGAACGUGUUCCCAAAGUCUGCUCCUUUUACCAUCAGCGUUGAAGGCGGCAAGAUUAAUGCCGUUGCUGGGGACACAGUCAUUCUGUCAGCGAGUCCUUCACAAGAGGUGAAGCACGGGAGCUGGACGUUUGGAGGGAAAGCUGUCGCCUGGUGGAGUGACACAUCCCCCGAGAUCAGCCCCGAUUACAGUGGGCGGGCCGCAAUCUCCUCCAAGACUUCACUGAAACUGAAAUCGGUUCGGGUAUUGGACACUGGAGAAUACGAUGUGACCAUGAGUACAGCGUCCGGAGACACGAGGACAGCCAAAAUCGAACUGAAUGUUGUCACACAGCCACAGCCUCUCAGCAUCUCCCCAGAGCUCAGCAGCAUCAAAGCACAGUCUGGAGCCCGUGUCAUCCUGUCUGUUCAUAUAUCCGGGGAAGUGAACAAUGGAAGCUGGGUUGCCAAUGGGGAAACGCUUUUCCAGUGGGACGGCACCAUUCAGAAUACAACACAGCACAAGUUCUUCUGGAUAGACCUCUUACCAAAUGCAUCCCUCCUUCUAUUCUCUGUGCAUUCCUACAGCUUCACAGAGUUUACAAUCACUCUGGAGUCCCCCACCGGUAUCUCAGCAUCAGCCAUUAUCACCCUUCAAGUAUUCAACUUCUCUGCAAAUUGCACAAUCUACAAUGUUGGCCUGGCCAUUGCAGUUCUUCUGGUUUCGGUUUGCAUUUUCCUCAUUGGUAAACACAUCUAUGUGAAGCAGCACAGAGCGAUGGGCGAAAUUCACGAUCUCCUGACUAUAUUCUGUAAAGGAUAUCGGGCUGCCCUGACCUUAGUCACGAUCCUGAGCUCCUGCUUGAUAAUUGCCUUUUCUAUCAUCAUAAACAAGUAUUGGUGUAUCCCCAGUACCCGGCCAGUUCUGGACUUUGUUGUUGAGUAACCCUAUCCAGGUGAGACAGUUAACAGAGGGAGGCUGAGGACUUUACCAAUAAUGCUGUGCAGCCCAAACAAGCCAGAAACCACAGGGAAACCGACGGAAAAUGAACAAUAUUAACUCCCUCCCAGAGGAUGUCUUAAAGCAGAAUUCAGAUUUCACUUUAUGACAAACUUGUGGGGUCCACUUGCUCAUUAAAGUUUCAUGGAGUUACAGCCACAA